AGGUUACACCAUGUACAACAUUUACGUUACAAAUCAAGCUGACGAGAACGUGUACUUCCGCCUACGAAGGGAAACAAUCAGAGUGUGGGAAACUGCAAACGUCUUUGUCAGUCGAGUAGAACAAUUGUCCAAGGGCGAGCAAGAGUCUCAGGCAAACUCCAGCAGUUUAAAUUCGUACUUAAUAAGCAUACAUUUUUGUAUCAUUCCUCCACAAACGACCAUGUCUUUUACCAUUGGACCCGUAGAUGAUUCAUCCGCAAUGUGGGCUUCUCUCUAUGCGCGAUCCAAGUUGUGGAUUAUGGACUAUAAAGUUGAUUAUGUCAACUUUGGAUGCUUGUUUGUAAAACAGACGAGCAGUUUGGGAGCUUUCUAUCUUAUCCAGGCGAAUCCUGAGCCAGUUUGGAUUUCAGCCAAGAAGGGAGACGCAGUCCCCGACGGGAUCGUUAAAACUGGCAGCAGUGCGACGAACGGCUUUGAGUACUAUGUUGGUCGUUCAAUCCUAGCUAUACCAUGCCCUGUUGCUUCCAUGAAUGGUCAAUGUAGCUUCUGGAUUCCAGGAGGAAGCAAAAACGAGGAAAGUGGCGAGCUGUUGUGUGACACAGGUCAUCAAUGGAUUCGAGCAUCAAGAGGCGACCCUAUACCACCUAAUUCUGUAAUCGUCGGAGUUAGAGGGGCUGAAGGAUCGGUUUUUCUCGGAAGGGUGGGAAGCGAGCCGUGCUCCAUCAUCACGGAAAAUGGAAAAAUCAAAGAUUUCUGUUGCUUUCCACUGGGGCAGGAAACGCGAGUUGAAAAUGGUGAGGUGAUUGUGCUGACCAACGGUAUAUUGAGUUUGAAGUGAAUAACCUAACUCGAGGACAUCAACUGAAGAUGUACCGUCCACUUUUUUUUCCACGAAAAAUCAAAGGUAGAAUUUUGGAACAUAAAAAAUAAAUCCGUGAAUUAGAUAACCUGUUUAUAGCAAAGCGAGCCAGUUAAGACAUUCCGUUAGAUCGAUGCUCAUUUUUAGUAGAUACUAGCGCCGGUUUCUGCUCUUCUUCCUUGGUAUGUGUAUGGACUGAUAAACACCUUUCCAAACAAGGCUAGAUGAUCAAUUUUUAUUAAUGCAUGAUGAUUUACAACCAAAUUUCUGACAGGGUAACGCACUAGGAAAAGCAGUUUGUGAUUAAGUGUGAUGCAAAGAAAAAACAAGAAAACUGUGAUCCUAGCAUUUUUAAUGCCUCGAAAUUACUUAUUUCAUUACAUAAGGACUGUCGUGACUUAACUUGACAGUUUUUAAAUGUAGCAUUUCUUAGAAAAACAGGACGUAAUGAUACCCUAACGAGAAAAAAACAACAAUGAUACAGACGGAACUAAUCUUGUCAAUCUUAACAGACAUUAUAAAAAUAUUGCAAACCCAAUUAUUGCGCA